AUGGCUCGGCUCUACCUCGUGUAUUCUCACCCUGGGUGGUACGUGCUUCCCUCUCACUCUGGUCCUCUCCUCGCUGCACCCCUUCUCACCGCACUUGCUCGCGUGUCUCCCUUCUCUCCAUACGCCGCUUUUUGUUCCAACUUCAUCACACGCUCGUUGCUCUCCUGCAAGCCGCUUCCAUCAGUUUUCCUCUCUCCCCUCUUCCCCAUCCCAUUCUUCCCCCUCAAUCAGCUGCGGCGCAUGCUGCUUGCUCUCAGGGCGGUGGGCGCCAAUCUACCAGCGGCUGUGCUGUGCCAGCUGCUGCCAGCGCCGUACGCAGUCAGGCCCGCCGGGUUGUCCAUUUCAGGGGCGCCCUCCAAUCCUCCAUCCUCUCUCCCCCUGCUCCCUCCUCCCCUCAUUUUCUUCUCUCCUACCUCUUCCACCCUCUUCCGUUUCCUUCCCUGCCUCUCCCAUCUUCCCCACUCCCUCCUACCCCCCAAAUCAGCUGCGGCGCAUGCUGCUUGCUCUCAGGGCGGUGGGCGCCAAUCUACCGGCAGCUGUGCUGUGCCAGCUGCUGCCGGCGCCAUACCUGCCGCUCGCCUUCCACCUCCUCUCCUCCUCACCACUCCUCGACUCCGCCACCACGCACGCGUACAUCCAGUGCAUCUGGGAGGUGCCUCUGCUGGAGCUGCUCGCCAGUCGCCUGGAAGCAGCAGGAGACACGGCAACGCUAGUGCUCGUGCUCCCAGUGCUAGCGCUGCCCUCCUGCAACGCGCACAACCCGCCCUUUGUGCGCCGGGCCCACGUGCGCCGCUGCUCCCUGCGCUUCUUCCGCUUGCUCGCCUCGCAGCUGGGCGCAGGACCGGAGUUCAGGGCGGAAGCGGAAGGGUGCGGCCGGGGAGUGUCGCGGCAUGCGCGGGGAACGGCGGGCAGGCGCACGCGCCCGUUGACCAGGAACGCGCGGACAAAGCGGAGAGCGGUCAGGGCGGAUGGGGAGCGAGCGCGGACGCGGGCGCGAAAGAGGAUGGGGUAGGCGCGGAGCUGGUGGGCGGAGGAGGGGGGGAGGCGGAAGAGCAUUUGUCGUCUUCUGGGCGGACGCUGGGCAAUUUGAUCAUAUCCAUUGUGGGCGCAGGCGUGUUGGGGCUGCCCUAUGCGUUCAUGCGCUCGGGCUGGCUCGUCUCCCUCGUCUCUCUGGCCGCCACGGCUGCUCUCACCCACCGCGGCAUGUACCUGCUGCUCGCCGCGCGCGCCCUGCAGGAAGACUGGGAGGCGGAGCAGCUUGGGCUGCCACAGCAGCAGCAGGGUGCGCUGCCGCAGAAGCAGAUUCAGAUGCAGGAGGCAAAGACAGGGGGAGAUGGCAGUAAGGAGGGAUCAGAGCAACGGGGAGGUGGAAGGGAGACGGACUCGCUGCUUGCCAGAGAAAGCAUGGAACAACCAUCACAAGCAGCAGCAGCAGCAGCAGCAGCAGCAGCACCUCUUAUCACCCUACAGAAAUCACCAUCCGCAGCAGAGCAGGCUUGCACCAGCACCACCAGCACCGCCACAAUGGUCACCAGCAGGGCGGGGGGGAAGGUGCGGUCGUAUGGGGACCUGGGUGAGCGGGUUUACGGAGCGGUGGGGCGCGGUGCAGUGGACGCCAUGGUGCUGGUGAGCCAGGGCGGCUUCUGUGCCGUGUUCCUGGUGUUCAUGGGCCACAACGUCGCCAGCGUGCUCUGGGGCUCGACUCUAGACUCUUCUCUUGUCAUUGCGGCUAUUGCCCCUUUCCAGGUCAUGCUGUCGUGGCUGCCGUCUCUCACUCAACUAGCUCCUUUCAGCAUAUUCGCCAGCGCCGUCAACUUCUGUGCCUUCUCCCUCGUUAUCUUCUACGGCCUCACCUCCUUCCCAGGCCUCGACUCUCUCUCCGCCUUCACAACCCUCCACGACGCACCCUUCGCGUUCGGCGUCGCAACCUAUGCACUCAACGGCGCUGGCAUGACUCUCUCCCUCGAAUCAUCCAUGCAAAACCGCGCCCAGUUCCCCGCCGUACUCGCUACAGGCCUCUCCGUCAUCUCGGUUCUAUACGCCGCCGUCGGCACGGCGGGGUAUUUCGGGUUUGGGAACGAGACGAAGGAGAUUGUGACGCUGAAUCUGCCACCCGGGUGGCAGAGCUUGGCAGUGAAGCUCGGCGUGUGUGCCGCUCUCUUCUUCACUUUCCCUGUCAUGAUGACCCCGGUGCAUGAAAUGGCCGAGCGAUACCUCUCCUCCUCUCAGGAAAUAUACAACAGCUUUCUCUCUCCCUCCGUUGCUCCCGCCCGCCGUCGGCUAUUCGUCUGCUUCGUCCGCUCGCUCACCGUGCUUUUCAUCGUGCUGCUAUCAGUAUCAGUGCCGCAUAUUGGCGCGUUCAUCUCCCUUAUAGGCUGCAGCGUUUGCUCGGCGUUGGGGUUUGUCGUUCCUGCACUGUUCCAUAUGAAGGCUGCGAGAGGGAAGUUGGAGGGAUCUGCAGUGGUGGGAGACUGGUUCCUGGUUGGGUUUGGUGUAGUCUUCGGGUUAUGGGGUACCUGGAAUGCGUUGCAGCAAAUGCUCGUUUGA